CGAAUUCUCGACGUCCUCCGUGAUCUGAAUUCGACUACAGAUAUUCGAUAUCGACUGACGACAAGGCGCUGACGAGCUGAGUCGCAACCUGUGGUCGAUCCACGGCCAGCUACAGGUCGACAGACCUUUCAGUGGACUUUCUGGUCGGCAUACCGCGUUAUUGCGAGCUGUACCGGUGUAGCAGAAGCAAAAUUGACACCCGAUUUGUCACAAGGACCUUCUUGUCUCAAAGAGCUUCCCGUGGAACUGACUUGACGACGUCGCCGAAGAUGCCAUGAUGGCCCAGAUCGAGUCGAGCUCGCCAGAAGCACGUGGUCGCAGAAGUGAACAGCACCUUCGUGUAACGUACAACUGGCCGUUGCAGGCGGACAAGACGUCGCUGGGCAUUCGUUUACAUCUGCUCGCGAAGUUCAUAAAUCACCUCAACUGCCACAGCUCACAACUCAUCAAUAUGUUAGGCAACAGUCCGGGCGUCCCUGACUGUAUCAACGCCACGCCAGAUGCCAUCCCAACUGGUUCGCCAAUACUCGAAUUUGGCCCGAACACCGCCGCACUGCGAACGGGACCUAUGUGCGACCCAGAUAUGAUGAGUCUGUUGCUGCCAGUCCGCGACAGCAACGACUCGUGGCACCCCAACGAAGGAGCCUCCAACUCAGACACGCCCGCGGCCACACUCGAGGUUGUCCCUCUCACAGAAGAGACAGAACGUCCCGAAGAACCGACCGGCGAGUGUCUCUUCUUCGAACUGCCCGCUGAGUUACGGAACGAAAUCUAUCGCUACGCACUCGUAUCAACCGACAGAAUCCACAUCACCACCACUAUGGUCCAGCCACCCCCAGAACCCGGGAUACUGCACGCCAACCGCCAGGCACGACAAGAAGCCCUAGCAAUCUACUACCACGAGAACCACUUCCGCUUUGACAUGUACGACCUCAACGCUUCAGCCUACAUGCGUUGGGUCCGCGCCGAACCCGUCAUGCGCGGCCGUUUAUCAGUCUGGUUCAAAUUGUACAUUCCCACCUCCGCGGACCUCGCAUGGCAGAAUCUCAUGAUAUGGUUGGAGGCGAUUCAUUCGAGGAGGGUGGCGCAUGGACCGAGCAGCAGGAGGUUUCCAGGCAAGAGAGCUUUUCGCAUUGUGGUGGGCGAGAUGAAGGAGAUGGUAGAGGUUCUGAAGCAACAGGGGUUGGGAUGGGCUCAGAUCUUGAAGUGCUUGGAGUCUUCAAAGAGGAUGCUGAUUGCAUCUAGCUCGAACGGGGAGUGGAUCUAAGUUGCAGUGGAUGGCUCGUGUUGGUUUGGGAGAGAAAGUUGCGUGGGGACAGCGUGAUGAGUAUGGUACCUUUCUGGAAAGCUGGCGGCGUUGGUCAAGGCGUUGGGCGUUGAGCAUCAAUGAUCAUUCGUGAAGCAUUCGAAUAUGACGAGAUUGUGGAACUCCCACGACCCAUAUCGAAUGACAUAGAAAGAGGGUCGUGGUGGGGGAUUUGCGUGCGGGCUGGGAUCCUUCUUUCACUUUAAGAAUACCACAGGGCAACAAGGACAUCAAUGAAGGAAUGGCCGAACGGCCAACAUAGGGCUGCACGCUUCUCUCUGAAAGCAGCAGACUGUGGAAAGGACAGUUUCCAUAGUGCACAUUAUGCUAAGAGACCUCCCAAGAUCAAGACCCAAUCUCACGCAACCCCAUCGGAAACUCCAUCGCUUAUCGCCAUGUCC